GUAGCUUCGCUUGGAGACCAUUCCGCUGGGAUUGGCCAAUGCAAAAUUGUGACUAAGCAGGUUCCUUGGUCGGGCAAGGCAAGCAAAGCUCCGCCGAACGGCUAACUUCUAUGAAGCAGCUCCGUUUUUAUUUUAUUUUAUUCUAGGUCACGCCGAAAAUCUCAUGGAAACGCGAUACACCGACACGGCCGGGAGAGCCUAGGGGUGCUGGAAGUUGUCCCUGAAACUGAAGCUCGACAUGGUUCCUGCAAAGCGACCUCUUUCAAUUAUAAUAGGGCAGUGCAAUGCCCCAUUCCUGGCGCUGUGUAUCGAGUCAAACGGCCCGAGCAUCGCCAAAAUGGCCGCGAGCGUCUCCCACCGUCCGGCUUGCAGCCUGGUUCUCUCUGUGCUUCAUCUCGAACACCUCGCUAGGCACUCGACAGGAAAAACGUUAUAACACCAACUGGCCUCUACCCUCCACGACCGCUUCGAGUUUACGAACUGCUCCCAUUCAACUACACGCAGGACUGUUGACUCCAACACCAUCCCGUGGGGAGUCGCAUCGAGCGACGGACAUUGAAGGGUUUUCUCUUAUCCAGCCAUAUGAACCGAGCUCCAGGCCUGCUGUUUAUGGGAAGUGGCGCUACAUGAGUGCAGCAACCAGGCGGAUGGACCUCGAGUCCGAUGUCCUCGCCACCGACAAUCAAAUCCGAUUAGUCGACUUGCCAGAGAAUGCGAACGAUGUCCAGCUUUGGCUAUGCAUACUCCACUUUCGCUACAAAAGGGAUGGCAUCCACGGGGCCGAAGCUGUCCUACAGGGUCUGUUGAGGCGCCGGACUUUGUACGAAACGAAAGGAGAAGCAGCGGAAAUAUUCUGGCGGACGCUGCUCAGUGUGCCCUUUCCCAACAGAAAAUACAUGGAAGACGUGUGGGCUUACGCUCUUUGGCUCUUCAAUGAGCAUCACAUCCGCUGGCCAGACCUAUACUGGGGCAUUCUUUGUUUCUACCUUGACCGGGGGUGGACGAAGCAAUGUCUACAGUGGCAUCUUCGCAUAAGUGCAACAUUGGGCACUGACGCAACGAGCCUCGCGAGGGUGCUUAAACGAUUCCUCCUUGAUCAUAGACCUAAGACACACAGAACUCUACGAGCAUUGUACAUUCUGAGCCCUCACCGUGGGCUUCAUGACGAGCUGGUCCCGUUCCUCUUCGCUCGAGGAUUGUCGCGCCUUGCCCGCAACUGGCGCGAGUUACUCCUUCUUCAUAAGGAUGUCCCUUCCUCGGAUGCCUCGCUACCAUUUCUACGGUUUCUUGCGGGAUACUCUAGGCGUGAUGCCAACAUCCUAUCUCGACAUCUUAGUGCCAAGUCAGAGCUUGCGGUGGCUGAGAAGGAAGUGGGCCAAAAGGCGGCGGAUUGGAAAUUAACGCAGACGAAACAAAAGUCACUUCAACCAACUUUUGGGGCCCCAGCCGACCCCGAGACGAAUCCAAUCCAGUUACCUUGGCGCGCUUGGGCUGAUUCUCUCUCUCUGCGGCCCAUACGACUCGAAAAACGGAACAUCCGCCGCAUGGUCCGCCGCAUCAACGAAGCUCUUCAGCUCCGUGGCGGCUUCUCGGAUCUCAAGCGGGCCGUUCAGAGGUUUUCCACAGUUGAAGAUUGGGAUUCACUGGCAGAUUUGAUUGAUUCUGAUAUUUUACCAAACAUAUCAAACGAUGUCGACGCCUGCGUCUUUAACCAACGAUCCGACAUAUUGACGACAUUGAAACGUUCUCGAACGAUCAUAACAGUCAGGCUCGCCGUCUCGCUAGACUUGAGUGAUGCCAUCUCCAACGACCUGGUCUUACUUUGCUUGAGAGUGGGCGCAAGAGUGGGAAUGCUCUCAGUUCUUGACACCAUGAAUUUAAGAGGCACUCAGCUAUCGUCGACAGCCAGUAACACUAUAUCAUCUCAUAUCUUACGGCACGUUUCGCCUGACGGAGGGGAGUGCCCAGUUGAUCUUGACUUCUAUGCUGCAUUGUGCAGUAAGAUCAUGUCAAUGCGGUUCCCUAUUGCAACAGAUGCAUUGAAGACCAUCCUGUUUAGACUGGGGUGGGCGGGCCGUUUUGAUGAUGUAGAGCAUUUGUCGUUGAGUUUUGCCAACCGCUUUUACGAGCCAAAACAUUCAGAGAACGGUGCUUUGGUUGUCCACAAGCUUGACGUUCCCGCUGUGUCGCACGAUAUUGAGCGGCAUGACGAAUUCCAGUCUUUGCCCCAAGAUCUAAGCCCUAGUCACCCCCUGCAUCCAUUGCGGCUGGUAUUCAGUGGCAGGAUACAACAGUCAAUCCUCUAUUGCGGGUUCUUCCAACUUCCCAUCCACCAACCUAAAGGCACGACGAAUGGUAGAGCCUUUGCAUCUGGUGUACGGCUCCUGGCACAACUCCGUGACCUAGGGGUGCCUGUCACCCCGAAAGAGGUGGUGUGGUGUGUGGUGUCGCGGCUUGCCGACAUCUACGCAAAACCCCCAAAAGAGGGAAAUUUGACCUUGAAGGAGGCCAAAAUCGCAUGUGAUGAGGGUUGGGGUUACCAAAUCAUUCCAGAAUUGCCAAGAUUCCGUGAAGGCGUCGAGCAGGCACAGGCGGAAACGAGAAAGACCUUGGACGCGCGCCUGAAAUCCCGCCAAGCAGCAGCAGCCAACAACAUCCAAGAAGCAACAAUACGAAAGACAAUCCGGCGAGCAACGCAAGAAACAAACCGGGGCGCCACCCACCUGUCAGUCAGACACGUUACAGCUCGUGGCCCCUCUCUUCAGCUGGCCAAGGAGGUUGCGGACUGGGAGUUGAAAACUCUAUCAAAAAGACCUAAUAAUCUAGACAUGAAGAUAACGGACCUAGUAAAGAAACUAUACGGUGUAGUAUAUCAUUUAUAGUUGAUAUCUUGUUCUUGUAUAUUUAUAGAUUCUUU